AUGACUAUUGUUGAGAAAGUUAAUUUAACCACUGGUACGGGAUGGGGAUCAGGUCCAUGUAUUGGGAAUACUGGAUCUGUUCCUCGUCUUGGUAUUCCGAAUCUUUGUCUUCAAGAUGGACCAAAUGGGGUCAGGUUUACAGACUUCGUUACCCAUUUCCCUUCUGGAUUAGCAGCUGGAAGUACGUUUAAUAGGGGCUUAAUGUAUCUAAGAGGUAAAGCUUUGGGUAGGGAGCACAAGAAGAAAGGAGUCCAUAUUAUGCUUGGUCCAACAAUAGGACCCAUUGGACUAAAAGCUGCUGGCGGAAGAAAUUGGGAAGGUUUCGGAGCUGAUCCUUAUCUACAAGGAAUUGGUGGAGCAGCUACUGUCGAGGGAAUUCAAGAAGAAGGCGUAAUUGCAACAGUCAGACACUUGAUAGGUAAUGAACAAGAACAUUUUCGUCAAGUAGGCGAAUGGAAUGUUAGUGACUGGUUCCUUCUUGAAAAGUCAAUUAGUUCUAAUAUUGGUGAUAAGGAAAUGCAUGAGGUUUAUCUAUGGCCAUUUGCUGAUAUUGUUAGAUCCGGUGCUGGUAGUGUUAUGUGCUCGUAUAACCAAGUUAAUAAUACAUACGCUUGUGAAAAUUCAUAUCUUUUAAAUUAUUUGUUAAAAGAAGAAUUAGGAUUUCAAGGCUUUAUUAUGUCUGAUUGGGGCUCCCAACAUACGGGGGUAUAUUCAGCGCUAGCGGGUCUUGAUAUGAGUAUGCCUGGCACGAUAUUCAAUGACUGGUUAGGAGGAAAAUCAUAUUGGGGUCCACAUUUGACAAAUGCAGUCUAUAAUCAGACAAUUCCUCAGGAAAGACUCGAUGAUAUGGUCAUUCGGAUUCUAGCUCCAUUCUUCUUUUGUAAUGCUAAAGGCUUACCUACGGAAAAGGAUGUUCCCAACUUCAGUUCUUGGACUUACAAUUCAUAUGGCCAACAGUAUCCGCUUCAGCACUAUGGCCCAACGAUUCAACAGAAUUGGCAUAAAGAAGCCCGUUCGAUGUUCAGCGAUCAAGUUGCAUUAAAUAUCGCAAGAGAGGCCAUAGUUCUUCUAAAGAACGAAGAUUUCAACUUACCCAUUAAUAAAACCAAUGGAAUUAGAAAAAUAUUCAUUUCAGGAGUUGCAGCUGGGACAGAUCCCAAGGGGUUCAAUUGUAAAGAUCAACAAUGCGUGAACGGAGUGUUGACUACUGGCUGGGGUUCUGCAACAGUCAAUAACCCAUAUGUUGUCACUCCCUACGAAGCAAUUUCUCAGAAGGCCAAAAGUCAAGGCAUGUUAGUUGAGUUCUCUACGGAUGCAUGGAAAUUCGAUAAUGUUGACGAAUUGGCAACAAAUGCUGAUAUGUCAAUCGUAGUAGUUAAUUCAAAUGCUGGCGAAGGGUAUAUACAAGUUGAUGACAAUUAUGGGGAUCGCAAAAACUUUUCUUUAUGGCAUAAUGGCGAUGAAUUAAUUGCAAGAGUCGCACAAAAAUGUCAUAAGACGGUUGUUGUUGUUAAUAGUGUUGGCCCGGUCAACAUGGAAAAAUGGAUUGAAAAUGAGAAUAUAGUUGCCGUUAUAUAUGCUGCACCCUUAGGCCAAUUCGUUGGACAGGCUAUAGCUGACGUAUUAUUCGGAGAUGUUAAUCCAUCAGGUAAAUUACCAUUCACGAUUGCAAAAGAUGAUCAACACUAUGUACCAUUGGUAGAUACUCUUAAUGGUAGUAGAUCUCCGCAAGACACAUUCGAACGUGGAAUUUACUUAGAUUAUAGAUUUUUUGAGAAACAUCAAAUCGAACCACGAUUCGAAUUUGGAUAUGGUCUAUCUUAUACCAAUUUCCAAGUGUCAGAUUUAAAAAUUAUAGAAAUCAAGACACCAUUAAAAAGCUUAGAGCAACCAAACAAAUACCUACCAGCUAAAAUAGCGAAUGAAAAUAACAUUCUUGACCCUAAAGCUGCAUUGUUUCCGAAUGGUAUCAUUGAGUUUGUACCUGGAUUUGUAUACCCUUACCUUCACUAUGGUAAUUCGACGUUACUCAAUAAUAAUAGAGAAUUUGAUUAUCCACUAGGUUAUAAGCCAGACCCUGUUAGGACACCGCCUGUUGCAGGUGGUGGCGCGGGUGGAAACCCUGCAUUAUGGAAUAUACUAUAUGAAAUAAGCGCGUAUGUCACCAAUGCAGGUCGCUAUAGAGGGGGCUACGCAACACAAAUGUACAUUGAAUUUCCGAACAAUCCUUCACCACAGUCCACGAAGGUUCUCAGAGGUUUUGAUAAAGUAUUCCUUGAUCCAGGUGAAGAAACAGAAGUGAAAUUCAAUGUAUUACAACGCGAUUUGAGUAUAUGGGACGUAAAGCAACAAGAGUGGAUUAUUCAGAAUGGUACCUAUAAGGUAUACAUUUCGACCACGAGUAAAAAAACCGAGUUAUAUGGCAUAAUCCAAAUUUGUUGUUAA